AUUUAUACCAAAAAACGCAUUUUUCAUUAUUUUCAAAAACGCAUUCAUCUAAUGCGUAAACUCAAUGAAUAUGAUAAGAUUAUAGUCUAAUUAGGUUAGUGGAAUAAGGAAACCAAUUAACUGUGCCCCGAGUCUUUGCUAAUUGGAUUGGGAAAAUUCAGCUUAUUUUGUUCUAAUGUUCAACAGCCCACUGGUCCAUUAGGGCAAACCGAGGCGUUCCCAAUCAUUUUUUAACUCAACGGGGUACCAAAAUAAGGGAUUCACCUCCGUCAGUUGAGUGUUAGUGCUGAUAAUAUUGAUCGGGUUAUGUCUGAGAUAGCUGGACCAAUGGGGGCGGACAUGAACAGCGAGGCCAACGCCAACCCAUGGCAUAUUGACCAUUGCUACCAGGAGAUUCUGAUGUACCAGGCACUGCAUGGACGCCAGAAGGGAACGGACAGGAGGGUGGGGAGUAGCUGCAACCCCCGAUAUGCGGCUGUAUGGGACGUGCUCAAACUCAUCUUCCUCUCUGCUACUUGCACGUGUUUGGUCCAGUAUGUCUCUCUAGUUUUGACCAGUGCCAUUCUCUGCUACAGUACACAGGGUCGGUCGCAACACCACGACUACGAGUCCACCUCUUCUUCCUCGUUGUCUUCAAUGUCGUCUUCGAUGGGAGAAGGGCUUAGCGGGUGGGAGUUGGGGAGAGAGGAGGAAGAUAAAGAAGAUAUUAUCCAGGGACAGGGUUGUUGCCGGGUGGAUCAGAUUGGACUGCUGGUGGAGUACGAGAUGCUGUCCAGCCUCAUCACAGCCAUCUUCUCCUGGCUCAUCGACUGUCUCAACGAAGUCUGUGUCGUCAACAAAUACGGCAUGUUUCUGGUCUCUAUGUUGAAAAGUAUUCCCUCUUUCCUUACCAUUAGAGUGGGGGUGGUCCUUCACCUCCCCUGUGUGUUCAACGGACCCCCCUCCCUCGGGGGCAUCCCGUUCCAGCCGAUGGCCAUCCUUUUGCCGACUGUACUUCGCAGAUGGUGCGUCACAUCGCAGACUCAAGACUUUGCAAUCUCAGCCCACACACUCAAAAUUUGAAGUCUUAUCUGGGUCUUUUCAAUUUACA